GCCAUACUCCUCUAGCACUCUGAACACCACUUGUCAUCGCUCGAAGACAAUGUUGUCCCAAACGCUCGCCACUCUCACCCUCGGUGCUAUCACUUCUUCCAUCCUACCGGUCCUCGGUGCCCCCACACAAUCAGCCGUACCCCUCACAUUUAGCUACGUCUCUACCCAGGGUCACGGUAACACCAACCUCAGUCUCGUCGAAGGGGAUUACGGCUAUGCCAUGCAAGAACUCUCCGUUCCUGCGACCAUCUCCGCCUACGUCAGCAGCAAUACGUUGACUAUGGCGUGCCCUCAUCCCGGACUCCAGGCCGCGCUGAUCCCAGCGGAUGAUGGUGUGACGUGGAAUUUCCAGUGGGUGGAUGGGAGUAAGGUGGGUAGUUUGCCUCAGGGAAGUAGGUUGGAUGCGUUCAGCGUCGGAGGGAGGGCGACGUGGGCGGAUACGACGGAUGACCCCACUGUUAAUACUACGCUUGCGACCGGAUAUUACGGCGAUUGGGCUCCAGCUGGGCUAGUGGGCGGUGACCCCUUCACUUUCGUGGUUUCGUGGGUCAAUAAGACGGUGGGACAAGAGGCAGGCGCACAAGCUGCUAUCAUAGAGAACACUCAGUUCUCUAUCAGCUGUUAGAAUGAUUGUUGCUUCGGACUUCAUUUCUCGACGCAUUUGGAGUUUGGAGAAUCACUUGGUAUGGACUGAGGCGUCACCCAACGUGUUUCCUGAUGUCUUCUUAUACUCAACUUAUAAUUAAAUCGAGUUUUGUGCUGCAUGUAGCCUCGCCAUUCUUGACGCUAUCAUCCUAGGCUCAUCCCCUCAUAUGUUCGACAGUUACUUACCUUAUAUACUACGAGAUAAUUGC